AUGUCCAGCAUCGAAACCAUCCAAAACAUGAAAGCACGCGUCCUCACCGUAAUGGCAACCAGAUCCGAAGACCAGGACCUUGUUUUAUCGGCAGCGAACAAGCACAGCAUCAGAUCUUCGGACCCGUCUCAAUGGACAAAAGAAGAAUGCAUAGUCCCUUGUUUCGGCUGGCACCCAUGGUUCUCAUACCAGAUGUACAUAUCUCCCAACUCAGAUUCCGGAGCGAAUGGGAAUAACGAAUUGCAAGACCAAGGUCCUCUCACCGGUCAAGCAAAGAUGUCCCACUAUCAAUCCGUCCUCCAACCCUUCCGCUCCGACCCCAGCGAAGAAGAUCUCCAGAUAUACGCUUCAUUACCAGAUCCAACCUCCUUCUCCGCAUUCCUGGAACUUACAAGAAAACAUCUGCAACAACAUCCAUUUGCGCUGAUAGGUGAAAUCGGUCUCGAUCGGUCCUUCAGAAUUCCUGAGUCCUGGACCGGCAAUCCAGAUCUAUGGUCGAAGCGCAACAACAACCUUACGCCAGGUGGUCGCGAAGGUCGGCGCCUAACACCCUUCCGAUGUAGUCCUUCGCAUCAAAAGAAGAUCUUUAAACUCCAAUUGGAUCUUGCUGCGGAGAUGGGCAGAGCAGUUAGUGUACAUGGUGUACAAGCGCAUGGUCUUGUUCUAGAGGUACUGAGCGAAACGUGGAAGGGAUGCGAGAAACAAGUUUUGAGUAAACGGGAGAGAAAGAAGAGGGGUCAGGAUCACCCUGCUGCUGAAGCCGCGUUGUCUGCUGAUGAGACGCGGAAUGAGGGCACUGGCGAAGAAAACAGCGGUCCGAAAUCCUAUCCACCACGUAUAUGCCUCCAUUCUUACUCCGGUUCACCCUCCAACUUCGCGCAAUACCUUCGUCCUGAGAUCCCUGCCAAGAUCUUCGCGUCGUUCAGCACGGCGAUUAACCUGUCUGAUGCGAUGGACGAGGAAGAUACGCCACAGGCUUUCCAGGAUAUCAUAAAGACUGUUCCAGAUGAUAUGUUACUCGUGGAGAGCGAUUUGCACACUGCAGGCGAGGAGAUGGAUAAAAGGUUGGAGGAUAUCAUACGUAGAAUAUGUGGAAUCAAAGGAUGGGGUUUGGAGGAGGGUGUGACGAAGUUGGGAAGGAACUGGGAAGCCUUUGCUUUGGGUAAUAGAUGA